ACAUUAUUAAUACCUUGCUUUACUCUCUCAAACUAGUCCUCUCUCUCUCUCUAAACAUACUCUCUUAUUCACAAAAUUCCAUAACAAAUCUCUCUGAUUUUCUUUCAUUCAUUUUUCAGAAACCAAUCACACAUGCCAAAAAACCUGUAGUAAUAUAACCAUGACCCUUUAGUGUUGAAGAAAAAUCUCUAAUCAUCUUUCAUUGCCAUUGGUCAAAAUUCAAUUUUUGGUUUUGACACAAAUAAAAAGGUUUCAUUUUUAUUCUUACACUGAUGGCACCAAAUUCAGUUACAAUUUCAACUGACAAAGCCAAUGAUUUCACUUUGUUACAAGUUCAUGAUUUGGAUUCUCCAAUCUUUCAAGAGAAGCAAAAAAAAUCAGCAAGUACAAAACAGUUUACUUGGGUUAUUCUCCUUAAACUACACAAACUUGUCACAUGUUUGACAUGGUUGACAACUGGUCUCAAAUCAAUGGUUUCUUUGGUGAAAAAGAGAGUUUCAUUGUCUGAUAUAGGGGAUGAGAAUCCGAAGAACACUACAAGGUUAUACAGAUUCAUCAAGUUUUUUCUUGCUCUUUCAAUUGUUGCUUUGGUUGUUGAAAUCAUUGCUCAUUUAAAUCAGUGGAAUUUGCUUGUGUUUCAACCUUGGGAGGUGAAGAGUCUCUUGCAAUGGUUUUAUUUGGGUUGGUUGUCUUUUAGAGAGAACUAUGUUGGUCCUUUGGUUUUGCUUGUUUCCAAAUUUUGUAUUGUGUUGUUCUUGAUUCAAUCUUUGGAUCGACUUGUUCUUUGUGUUGGAUGUUUUUGGAUCAAGUAUAACAAGUUGAAACCUGUGAUUGAUGAUGAUGCUUAUGAUGUUGAGGAUCCUUCAAGCUUCCCUAUGGUUCUUGUUCAGAUUCCAAUGUGUAAUGAAAGAGAGGUUUAUUCACAAUCAAUUGGUGCUGCUUGUGAACUUGAUUGGCCAAAAGACAGAAUACUAGUUCAAGUCUUGGAUGAUUCAGACGAUCCUAGUUUACAGAUGCUUAUCAAAGAGGAGGUUUCGUCUUGGAAAGAAAAAGGCGUCAACAUUGUUUAUCGACAUAGAUUGAUCAGAACUGGUUAUAAAGCUGGAAAUCUUAAGUCAGCUAUGUCAUGUGAUUAUGUCAAAGAUUAUGAAUUUGUCGCAAUAUUUGAUGCCGAUUUUCAGCCAAAUCCCGAUUACCUCAAACAAACCAUUCCUCAUUUCAAGGGAAAACCUGACUUGGGAUUGGUACAAGCAAGAUGGUCAUAUGUGAACAAAGACGAGAAUCUUCUGACGAGGCUUCAAAACAUCAACUUGUGUUUUCACUUUGAAGUUGAACAACAAGUGAAUGGUCAUUUCUUGAAUUUCUUUGGAUUCAAUGGAACGGCCGGUGUUUGGAGGAUCGAGGCUUUGGAAGAUUCGGGAGGGUGGUUGGAGAGGACAACAGUUGAGGACAUGGACAUAGCAGUAAGGGCACAUUUGAAUGGAUGGAAAUUUAUAUAUCUUAAUGAUGUUAAAGUUCUUUGUGAAUUACCUGAAUCUUAUGAAGCUUAUAAGAAACAACAACAUCGGUGGCAUUCUGGUCCUAUGCAACUUUUUAGGCUCUGUCUUCCUGCUGUCAUAACUUCAAAGAUAUCAAUUUGGAAGAAAGCAAAUCUAAUAUUUUUGUUCUUCUUAUUGAGGAAACUUAUACUUCCCUUCUACUCAUUCACCUUGUUCUGCAUCAUACUACCCUUAACAAUGUUCAUACCCGAAGCCGAACUACCUCUUUGGGUAAUCUGUUACGUCCCUAUCAUCAUGUCAUUCAUAAACAUCCUUCCAUCACCAAAAUCCGUCCCUUUCCUCGUCCCAUACCUUCUUUUCGAGAACACAAUGUCGGUUACAAAGUUCAACGCAAUGGUUUCCGGAUUAUUUCAACUCGGAAGUGCUUACGAAUGGGUUGUGACAAAGAAAACAGGUAGAGCAUCUGAGUCAGAUUUGUUCGCAUUAGCCGAAAGAGAAUCAAAGUCUUCGAAUGAAGACAAGCUUCAUAGAAGACAUUCAGAAUCUGGUUUGGAGUUAUUAGGAAAAAUUCAGAAAUCAGAAGUGAUUGUACAGAAGAAGAGAAACAAACUCUAUAGGAAAGAAUUAGCACUUGCUUUUCUUUUACUCACUGCUUCUGCUAGAAGUCUCUUAUCAGAACAUGGUGUUCAUUUUUAUUUUUUGCUUUUUCAAGGUUUGUCAUUUCUUGUGAUGGGUUUGGACUUGAUUGGUGAACAAGUUAGCUAAAACAAAUGUUUUGUUUUUGCUUGUUUUUGACACCAAUAUUUAAGUCUGUUUGGAUUGACUUAUUGUUAUAAGCACUUACGAAAACAGCUUAUGACAAUGCUAUAAGCUGUUUUCUGCUUAUUUUUAUAAGUACUUUAAGAUAUGAACAAUUUAUACACAAGUACUUAUAUGAUAAGAGCUUACUUAAGUUGUUUAUCCAAACAAAGUCUUGGCGAUUUUAAGUUCUUAUAUCAGUUGUAAGAACUAUAUCAGCUGAUAAGAAAUGAGAUAUAGAGUAAAGUUGAUUGAUUGUAUAAUCAUAAAUUGUUAAGAAUUUAUAGGGACAAGAAUGUGAUUCUUUUGUUCAGUUUACAAUUUUUUUAUAGACUUGAAAUUUCUUGGAGAAUUA